CAACAAAAAUUUACUGAGCAUGAUAGGUAUGAGGUGAGAGAGAGAGAAUGUUGGAAGAUGAAUUGGUGAAAGAAAAGUUCAAUGUUCAGAAGGGAAAAAAUUCCAAGCCAUUUUACUCUUUCCAGUUUCAUUGUUUGCGUUGUUUCUUAUUUCUUAUCAAGUAUCUGAUCAUUUCAUGUGCUUUACCUCGUUGGAUGCUUCAGAUUGUAACAAAAUUUAGUCUCGACUCUGAGUAACAUGUAAAUCAACUGAAUAGAGAUAAACUUUUAUGGCUCAAUUUUACAGUAAUAUGUUGACCCUUUGAGAUUGGAAAAGAUUUUUUAAAGUUUGUAUCAAAUUCUUGCGUGUUUUACCUUCAUUGUGCUUGUUUCAUUUGCUAGGAAACUUUGAUCAAGUUUUCUGUACUUUAGUGAUUAAUCGUCAGACUGCAAAGUGGAUUAUUUGGUGAAUGAUUAUGAUCAAAGUGAGGAUAAAUUGAAAUCCAAGAUCCAAGCUCAACUUAUCUCAUCAUGAUAUUUGAUACUCGAUUUGAACCUUUUGAUGAUUUAGAGCCAGAAAGUCCAACGUCUAUCCAUGGACGUCAAAUUCCAGUUCGUCGUGUUAAAUCAGCACGGAAUUAUACUCAUCGAAGACGCGAGAGAUGCUCCCUUCGAGUGCCCAAAACUACUUAUACAACACGUGAUUAUACUUAUCCCCGGUCUCUCGAGUCGAUAGACGAUUGGUCCUUGUACCGACACAAUGGACCGCCAUCACCGUUACCCGGAGCUUCAGCUAUUGGAUUGAAUGCCACCAAUUGCUCAACUCCAACUACAACUUGCAACUCAAUGGUUGGUGAACCUCGAGGUGCUCGUCGAGUCCAAUCAUUUAGGUGCACCUCAAAGGGCAGUGUUGUCAAAAUGGGUGACUUUUUCCUUGGCAAUGCAUCACCCGACAAUUAUGUGGCCAAGGAAGAGACCAACCAUCAUCAUCAUUAUCAUCAUCCAUCCAUGCCUCACCACCCCAGUGAACAGCAUCACCAUCAACCUGGCUCAUCAACUGUGGUCCCAGUAGCCUCAUCGUCAUCCUACGUUCCUCGAGGGUCACCGACGUGUUCCCGUAAAUCGUCAAAUAGUUGUGAUUCUCUUCGAUCAUCAAAAACUUUUCACGUUUACGUUGCCGGCUUUAAAAGUGUUGGUAAACAUCGAGUCAUGAAUGCUUGCCUAGGCAAUUCAGUUAAUGAAAAACUGAAAGCAACAAUUCUCAUAGACUAUGAACAGUUUAACAUAAAUUUCAAGAUAAUUGAUAAAAUUGAAGACUCGGAUGAACUGGAUGAGGAUUCACUUCCAUCAACUGUACAGGGUAAAAGGAAUCAAGCCUUGCUUAUCAUUUAUUCAAUUGCCGAUCGGAAAAGCUUUGAAAAGGCUGGACAAAUUCUGACUCUGGCCAUACUUCGUCAUUGCCAUUCAAAUCCCAAGCUAUCCAUUUGUUUGGUUGCCAACAAGUCGGACUUGGUUAGAGCUCGAGUUGUCACCACUGAGGAAGGUUCAGAUUUGGCGAGUCGCUUUAGUGUACAUUUCAUAGAGACUUCAGCUGAAAUUGGUGACAAUAUUGAACAAAUUAUGGUUUGGAUUGUUGAACAGAUUAAGGAAAACUUGUCAGUUGUCAACAAUACUCAAAAUUCUGGUAAAGCGGGAGCAACGAAAGAAAGCAAAAAUAAAGUCAUGAGUCGAGCAAGGACUUGUAUUAGACAACUUUUCAAACGUUUUAUGUUUAAAACACGCUCAGUUGAGAAUCUCAAUGCAUAAUGGGUCCAAUCAUGUAGUUCAAUAAACAUUGAGAUUCCUUACGAAUUUCAUCAAAGGUUUCAAUAGAUAUUCAGGAUUUUCGUUUUUUUCAUCUUUUUGUACAAUUUUUCAUUUUUCACUUACAACUUGACUUUUAUCAUUUUCUUAUUGCUACCUGCAUUAGCAUUUUGAGAACCAUUGAUAAUGGCAAUACUUUUGAUGACCUUAACAAGUGGACCAAACGGGAACUGCAGUUUUAAUUUUGGCUGAACAAUACUUUGCGCACAUCGUCACUAACAGCUUCAAUCAUUUGCGCAACUUUUUCCUGAAAAUGGCUUUGGCUGAAAAUGUUUUCACUUUUGCUGUUGAAUGUACUCAAUUGCUUUUAUCAAAUAUUGUUGAGCUUAUACUGAUGCCAUGAUCACCUUUAACUUAUCUUAUAAAUGAAGGAAUUUACCAAUUCUAACAUCUUGAAACGAAAACGCUUGAACAAGAAACAUAAAUUUAAUAAAUAUGGAAACUGCUGAAAACGAUUGAUAUUUUGUAACAAGUAACUUACACCAUAUAUUUGUAUAAAAAGUAGAAAAAUAAAUUUUCAAA